CGAUCCCGUCCGUUCGAAUAGGACUUGCUUGUUCGAGGGGCAUGCUGGUCGUCUACAAAUUCGAUACCUGAUUAGCUUCUGACAACAAAUUGAUUUCCAUAUCUACUUUUGCUUGUUCUCUACCGGGACUUCUUCUCGAAUGUGCUGUUGUGACCGGCAUAGUUCAGACCACCACGGGUUUCAUUUCUCCAUCGACCAAUCCAUCUUGUUUUAUCGACCGUGACCUAUUCGCUUUAACGGACCAGACGAUGCCUUUGGCUAAGCUCAUCCUGCCUCUGAAAGGCAAGCUUGCCCGAAAGAAAGAGCGCGAUAUCUCCUGCUCGUCCGAGCAUAAACAUAACCAGACGAGCCAACUAUGCGAUCUUCCAGCAGAAAUGAUCGAUCUCAUUGCGUCCUUCUUAGAAAGGCAUGAUUUAUGCAUGUUGCGUUUAACGUGUUCCGCCCUUCGAUCCACGAGCAAAUAUCAGUUCGGUCGCAUCGGCCUCCAUACCCUUCGGACCGACCUCUCAAAAGCAAAUAUGUCUGCUAUGGCAGAGCUUGCAAAUGCCUGUGGAUACAAUCACCAUGUUAAGAGGCUUUAUAUCUGCGGCUCUUCUGGUUGCUAUCUGGGCUACGGUUUCUCAUGGAUACGCGAUUUCUGGUCGAACCGGUAUCUCAUCUGGCUCCUUACUUCAGAAGGCUUCCUGAGAUUGAGGGCACUUCUGGAAAAGUUCCCCAAUUGUCAGUCAUUCCACGUCUCUUUGUCCGAAGAGCCGGAGGAGGGGGCUUGGAAAGAUUGUAUCAGUCCCAGUGAUGCGAUAGUAGUCUUACUGAAUCUCAUGUCGUGCAUGGCAAGGCCGGUCAAGUCAUUCACCUGCUCCCACUCUGAUCCGAAGGAGCAGUUGCCAGGUAUCAUCAGCUCCAAGAAUUUCAGCUCACGUCAUUUCGACGAUGCCCGCUUGAGCAUAACUUUGUCGACUCUCACGGAACUUGCAAUACUUGCGUAUAUCAAAAAUGAUGCUCUCGCCAAUUUCGUCUGCAACUUCGCGUCUCAGGCAUCCAAUUUGAAGAAGCUCGAGCUGGAUUUUGCUGCAGGUUCUGGAGCUCCAACUGUGAUGCAGCAGCUGGGGUCAGGGAGUAGUCUCGUGAAAUUGGAGGAACUCAAACUAUCGAACGCAUUGGGCAUCUCCGGUCAUGAUCUCUACAAGGUCCUUCUCGAGAACUGCGCGAGUUUGCGUAUCCUAAGCCUCAAAGUUAUCUGCCUUGACGACGAGCUCUGGGAGACCAUACUGGACAGCUUGAUGCGCGACUUCCCUGUUCUCGAGGAGAUGACUCUGUUGUGGAUUGCCGACAGAGUGAGUGGGCUACGAGAGUUGUAUCCAGGUAGUAUGUACAUUGAGGGCUUCCAGGACCUGCGAGGUCGCCAUGGCCCUAUUCGUGUCUUCUACGCAGGUCCUCCCGUGCAUGAGGCGUUAUCCUCUCUUUUACAACGCUAUCGGAUCCCUGCUCAGCAAACGUCCAGGCUUGCCGCUCAGUGGCCGUCUUCAAGACCGAUGAUCUGACUCUCUCAGAAGGGUAUCUAGAAGGUGAUUGGCGCGGUUUUUUGUCCUGUCGUCUCUGAGCCUCUAUUGGAUUUCGGGAUGGGAGAAAUUCUGGUGAUACUUGGGCCUUUUCAAUGUUACUCUGGAAGAUCUGGAUUAGCAGACUGGAUUAGCUUGGGCCACG